AACAGAAUAGUAACCCAUCAAUUUAUCGUAGCAAUUACGUUAUAUGAAUUUAACUUAAACAUUGGUAAACUUCUAUGAAUUAGGAACUAUAUAUGUGAAAUCUUGGGCGGUGUCAUGCUAUCAGGCACGAGCGGUGAAGCCCCGCCUUCCACACCUGAUUGGCCGACGGCACUCUCCUUCUGCACCUGCUUCCUGGGAGAGUAUAUAAGGCAGAGCACGCGUCGUUCUCUCCAGAACAGUUAAACCCACUGUAAAGUUCACUACGCCUCUCGUGUUAGUCAAUGAGUUGUGAGAGACACCAUGCCAAGCUCAUUCAUGGUUAAGCGCAACUAUGCGCACUGUCCGCUCAAGAAACGACCUUUGGCUUUAUACAACGAGCCAGCCACGUCGCCCCCUGAGCAGGACCAGCCCGAGGAUCUUAGCGUGAAACGGCCGCGCUUGGAGUCUCCUGCAGAAGCACCUACAACGACUCCAGCAGUGUGUCCACCUGCUGCAGAACUUCCUCUGUGGCCCCCCAUCCCCUCCCCGCCCACAGCGGCAGUGCCAACAGUGCUCCAUUCAGUGCCUCGCCACGCACCUCCUUCACCCCCUGCAGCCAGGGUGGCCGAAACUCUUCCAUCCCUUGCAGAGUACUACCUGCAGCUCUUCAGGAGCACGUCAGACGCCCCGGAGCCCCGUCGAGUGGAGCCCCGACCUACCCUGCCACAGUGGAACACCCCGUACCUGCCGCCUUCACCUCAAGCCUCACCCGUCACCUCUGAUCACUUGCCCAUCAGUCCAGUGCCGUUCCACUGCUACCCAGAUACCUCUGCCCUCAUCUCACCCGUCUCCACCUGCUCCUCCACAGCUUCCGAGUCUGAGGACGAUGCUGGAGUCUCUAGACAACGUCGAGAGGCUCGGUACUCUUGCAGUGACUGCAGCAAGUCAUACUCUACGUACUCUGGUCUAAGCAAGCACAAGCAGUUCCACUGUGCCGCGCUGGGAGCCAAGUCGUUCUCGUGCAAGCACUGCGACAAGGUGUAUACCAGCCUGGGUGCUCUCAAGAUGCAUAUACGCACCCACACGCUACCCUGCAAGUGUCACCUAUGUGGCAAGGCCUUCUCGCGGCCCUGGCUGCUGCAGGGCCACAUCAGGACCCACACCGGAGAGAAACCCUUCCAGUGCCCGCAGUGUGACCGCUGCUUCGCUGACCGCAGCAACCUGCGGGCUCACCUCCAGACCCACGCUGACAUCAAGAAGUACGCCUGUGUCACCUGUCACAAGACCUUCUCCAGGAUGUCUCUGCUUAACAAACACACGGAGGCAGCCUGCCCAGCCAGACCUCACCCCAACCUGGAGCACCAGCUACAGGAACUACAGCAUCAGGACGUACAGCAGCAGGAGCAGCCCCCAGCCAGCCCCACCGAGGAGGACCAGUAGCAGUUCCUUCAAGGCAUCCUCUUCCCCCUCCAGUCCCCCCCAGAUUCUCCAGGAGUUGCCCCUCUAUUCCCCCCACCAGGGAGGCCUAGUCCACCCAUGUCCUACCUAGUCAGCGAGCUCACUACCUUGAUGUGUUCCUAUGUUGGUCACUAGUCUAGUUAUUAAGCCAUAUUGUCCUCACCAGGACCACCAAGCCAAAGAUUUAUAUAUUAUUAUUAUGUAUUAAUUACACUUUUAUUCUGUAAUAAAAUAUAUUUGAAUUUAUCGAACCUCUUUCAUUUAUAUUCUGCCUCUGAUGGAAGCAAAAAAUGAACGAUGCAAACUGAAAUUAAGAGAAUCUUAAGUAAUGAAUGAAUCAGUAUGAAUCUGAAUGAUAAGAUUGAUUACGUAUUACCAUAAGUUUAUCUGAACGUUACCUGAUGGGUACCUGAACACCGUUACCUGAUGGGUACCUGAACACCGUUACCUGAUGGGUACCUGAACACCGUUACCUGAUGGGUACCUGAACACCGUUACCUGAUGGGUACCUGAACACCGUUACCUGAUGGGUACCUGAACACCGUUACCUGAUGGGUACCUGAACACCGUUACCUGAUGGGUACCUGAUGAUGUCAUCAGCAAUUCUAAAACUUCAUUCAGACCUUAAAAAAAAAGAAACAAAAGAAUUGGAGAGAUAAUGAUAAAAGCGAGAUUAGUAAAAAUAUUCUGGCAACAACA